UUCGAGGAGACAGAGGGCGCGAGAACAGCAGGGCAUUGUGCUACAACGCCAGGCACUGGGAGACACACACUCAACACAACACAUUCACGCAUUCACACACGCUGACACUGGCGCGCACACAAGCGCGUGCUUCUGCCCACUGCCCUGUGCACAGACCCUUCACUGGCAUCCUGGAGGGCAGACCCUCGCUUUCAGUCCUCUCCUCACCUCCCGAUCGACCAACAAGCAGCAAGGAAGAAGCCCACUUUGGAUACACCAUCCACCUGUGCGUGAAGGCUACCUGUGAGCCACACUGAGAGGCAAGGCACACAGCACCAUAAUCUGGUGGUAUAUCCAGUCUCCACAGAUUGAUGCAGCAAUACAAAUUGAACCUUGGACUAACUCAAGAAGACUCGGGAGAGCAACAACCAUCGGGCUUCAAUCACUUGGCCUCAUUCUGACAGCCCCCCUUCAGCAUCUGUGUGGACAAGGAGAGGAAAAGAGGGAGAACGAAAAGAAAACAAAAGACGAACUUUUUCACCACCACAAAGUGGUGAAACUUUUAUCCUAUCCCAGAGAUUUUGAGUGGACUGUUCACUAACUUUUAGAGACACACACACACACACACACACACACAGUUGUUAGCCACCCUCACCUGAACAUCGUCAUGGCGACCACUGGUAUGCAACUUCUGGGCCUGGUCUGUGGCAUCAUUGGCUGGGUCGGCGGCUUCCUGGUAUGCCUGCUGCCCAUGUGGCGAGUCACGGCCUUCAUCGGCAACAACAUCGUCACGGCGCAAAUCACAUGGGAAGGCCUGUGGAUGAAUUGCAUUGUCCAGAGCACGGGUGAGAUCCAGUGUAAAGUAUACGACAGCCUGCUGGCCCUGCCCAGCGACAUGCAGGCCGCCCGCGGCUUCACGGUCCUCUCCAUCCUGCUGUGCUGCCUGGCUCUCACCCUGGGCAUCCUGGGCGUCAAGUGCACCAAGUGCGUGGGCCACCCCAGCCUGGAGGCCCGGUUGGCGCGCAUCGCCGGGGCCCUGUUCGUCAUCGCGGGCUUCCUCUACCUCGUGCCCGUCUGCUGGGCCGCGCAUUCCAUCAUCAGGGAUUUCUACGACCCGUACGUAGCCGCGCCGCACAAGCGUGAGCUUGGCCCUGCUCUCUACAUGGGCUGGGGGGCCGCGGCCAUGCUGCUGAUCGGGGGCUCUCUGCUCUACGCCGGCUCCAGUCCCCCAGGGAUUCCCUCCUCACCCACCUUCAGCAGCGGCGAGAGCAGUCCCCGCCGGGCAGGGGGGGCCUCGCAGGUCAAAGGUUAUGUCUAACACCGCCAGCGAUGAACAGCAACAGCAACAGCAGCAUCUCUCGACGCCACCACCUGCAUCCUCUAUCUUAGUAUUCCCAAUUGUAAUAGAUUGAAUUUUAAUGUUCCUAUAUUGCUAUUUUGUAUCACGGUCACGGCCGCCCCCAGGUUACGGUCGAUUUGUGGAGGUAUUGAAGAGAAAUGUGAAAUCAUGUAAUUAUUAUUAUUCCAGCUCUUAUGUCCUCCAAUAACAUUGUCUACGUGUGUGUAUAUAAAACAAUAAAAAAUAUCCUCUGUCCCUCAAAAUGAUGUGGCUGCACACUAUUUAUAAAGGUAUCAUCCUUGGCAGAGUUGGAUGUGAAAUUGUUACAGUACUUCAGGUAUUACUCUGGAUGUGUUGUUUCACUGGAUAGCCACAACUUUUAAAUUAUUCUCUACUUACACAUUUGUGUUUUAAGAGGACCAAGAAAAGAACAUAUGUCUAACUGUUUAUAUUGUCAACAAUGGCAAGACUUGUUGGAGUGGAACAAUGGUUUGUGCAUUGUUGUGCUUGUGUGGAUGUGACCACCAGGCUUGUGUGUGUGUGUGUGUGUGUGUGUGUGUGUGUGUGUGUGUGUGUGUGUGUGUGUGUGUGUGUGUGUGUGUGUGUGUGUGUGUGUGUGUGUGUGUGUGUGUGUGUGUGUGUGUGUGUGUGUGUGUGUGUGUGUAUGUGAGACCGACCGUAUAAUGCAUAUCUCUACACUACUGCUCAUAUUCUCUUCCAUGGUAAGCCUAUAUUGUGGCUGCAACAUAGUAUUCCGAGCAGACCUCUUGCCUGGUCCCGAAGAUCAGACAGUAAUGUCUUGCCUUUUCUGGUACCACUGUACACACUGGCCUCUCAGUGCCAGGACAAAAGGCUCCUCACUAAGGCAAGGUGGUGACAUCAUCUCGUGUAGAAUCACCCUGUCUCCCAUUGUUUUAAACCUGAUUGUGGAAGUCAGUGCAAAGCCAGGUCAACCACUGUGCUGAUUCAGUACACACACAGCAGACCUACAGCUGCCCAUGAAUUAAAACUUUGUAAAUAUUAAAUUCAAAGUGGACCUUAAGAGUUG